AUGCCUUUGACCACUACUCCUGAAACAAAACUUUGUAACACCAGAACUUGUUACUUACUAACCAAAUCAAAUAACCCAAUUACCAUCGAAAAUUCCAAAGAAACUAUAAGAUUGAGUGAUGGGCCAUCAACAUCGGGUAAUCAAAUGUCAAUCAUACAGCUUACCAGUUCCAAAGAAAAUCCUGUUUUUAUCUGUUGUUUUGGAGUGAAGACAAAACAAUCGAGUACUGUUAGCAACCCGACCCCAGAAAGUCAAACCAGUCAACUGAAUGGUAAUGCAUUGUUCAGUAACACGUCGCCACGUAUUAUUAGCCAAUCAAACGCAGAUACGGUGGUAGAAACUGUUUCUACGAUUGGCUGUUCUCAAGAAACAAAAACCAACCAACAAGAUACUGUCUACCAUGCAACAAAAACCAGUAACACGUUACCACUUAAGCAAUCAAACACCAAUGAAGAGCUGGAGAGCGUUUUCGCCAUCGACUGUUUCCAAGAAACAAGAAGCAAUCAACCAAAAAUUGUAUACCAUACAACAAAAGAUAAUCAGGCAGAUACAUCACCAUUAGCUGGUAAUAUGUCCGCUACCAAUGAUGCAUCUACCAUCCAUGCUGGUGACCUAUCCGCUACCAAUGAUCCUAUAGAAGAACAAAAUAUACCGUCUGAUAUCCACCAUGAAUGUACAGUGAGCCAGAUAGGUCACAGCAAACCCUCUACCAUCCACACUGUCUGUCAUACAACAAAAGGUGAACAUACACAUACUUCACCCGUGGCUUGUAACCUGUUGGCUAUCAAUGCUGAAUCUGAUAAUGGUACUUUAGAAGAUCAAAAUACACAAUCUAACAUCCAUCACCAAAGUAAAACAAGUCAGAUAGAAAAUCAACCAUCUGAUAUUCAAACCCAACUAGGUACCAUACACCAGUCCGACGGUGUAUCCAACGAAAAUCCUUUGGAAGAAAAAUCUACCAUUCACAACUACUGUAAAACAAGGCAGACAGAUCACGUUCCAACCCAACUAAAUACCAUUCAACAGUCAAAACAUAGCACUGUUGAGAACUGUUUCUUUAAAACAGACUUAACUAGCAUCAACGAUCACCACCAAUCCGAAAAUGGACAGACAGGUUCACCAUCAACCCCCCAAAAAACACUGCCACUUCAUGACCAUUCAACUACCAAUACCAAACAGAGUCCUUUAAAAGGUUGUUACUUAGAUGCAGGAUCAUGGGAUCCGUUGUGCCACCAUAUUGAAUACAACGAAAAGAGCAUGGGAUUACCACAUGACUUGAGGUAUAUUAAAGAAAGCGAGCUGUUUCCGAUGGCUUACGGAGAUUUCACGAAAUGUCUCGAAGAUGAAGAUUUGUGUUGCAGCACUCCGCCAAAUAUGUUAACGUCAGCAGAUGACGAUGGCGUGGUGCCUUCGUCAUCACCAUUGUUGCCAGGUGACGGGGGAAGGUAUUAUAGUACCUGUAGUGACACAAGUACAGAUGGAAGUCAAGAGUACUCGUGGGAAUGUUUUUCUGCACGGAAUGAAAAUAUAGUAAGUAGAACCAUAGCCUAUCGAAGGGAAAAUGGCUAUGAAACUCAUUUGAAUAACAAUAUACAGUGGAACCCCGCCUUACGGCCACCCCGUUAAUACGGUCACCUCGAUAAUACGGUCACUUUUUUUUGUCCCGGCGAAACACUAAUACAUUUUAUAAUAAAAUUACCCAGUUAAUACGGCCACCCCGUUAAUACGGCCAACGGCCAUAUUGUACAGUCCCGAAGCGGGCCGAACUAAAGAAAUCACCCCGUUAAUACGGUCACUCAAAAAUAUAAAUGUGUUUACGGACGGAAAUGCAGUAUAAUUUAAGACACCUUGUGCAGUGAAACACACAAUUCAAGUUGCAUCAUAUUACUAUUUUUUUAUUUUUAUUAUCAGUCGCGCAAAGGAAAAGAAAGAAUACAAGGUUCUUUAGCGACGUUGUAUUCCCUAACAUUGUUUCUUUAAAAUUAGUGAAAACUUUAUCUGAACUUUAUAAUGUUUAGUUAUUAGUUGGUAUUAUGGUGGGGUAUGGUGUUAUUGUGAUUUUCGAAUAAACAUAGCUUUAAUGACGUCACAAUUGAAAUUUGAUCUCACCCCGUUAAUACGGCCACCCCAUUAAUACGGCCAUAUUAUUUCUGCCUGUUGGUGACCGUAUUAACGGGGUUCCACUGGUCGAUGUUUAUUCAUAAAUAUGGUCCUUCACCGUCCCGUGUGUAUUGUAUUUUUGCCAAAUCCACCAAUAGAAAUUUACCCUAUUGUUCGAGUCACAGAUAGGUAACUUUCCAAAAACAUUGCUAUUGGUUAGUUGGGCAAAAAUACAAUACGCACGUGACGGUGAAGGACCAGAUUUAUGAAUAAACGUUGACUAACAUAGAUAAUGAGUUAUAUUGUUAUUCUAAUGAGUUUCAUAGCCAUUUUCCCUUCGAUAAGCUAUGGUAGAACUAAAUCCAAGUUGUUAGCCAGGAAUUCAAUCUAGGUUCAGAUGGCUAGCUCCACUGGCUCCACAUGGUUUUUGGAGUUGACCUGUAACUUCCCAAUUCUUAGUUCAAUUGUUAUAUUUUAGUACAAAUCACCAUCUCUAACAUACGCGGACUACCCACAGUAUGGUACAUUAAACUGGGGCCUGACACCCACCAUCAUCUACAAAACACCAGAACCAGAUACCUCGUUACAAGAUGUUGGUAAUGAUUACAUGAAGUGUAGCAUCAGUGCUGGUAAUGUCGAGCUGCUGACACCACCACCACCUAACUACAAGAAACUACUGCGUCGUUCACGGAGGAGAAUGGAAAGAAGACAUGUAAAGAAAAGGAGAAUAUAUUUCGGAAGUAAGUUUGUCCCGUAGUAGUGGUGGGAGAUUAUGCCCAACCCCUUAAAGAAGUUACCCAACCUCCCAUAAAUCCGCCAACUGUGCAUGCUAUCAUCGGCGAGGAUAGACCGCUUUUUAAGUUAUUUGGUUCUAAAACAUGUGCCCCCCUCCCCCAAAAAAAACCCAGGUGGAAAGUAUAUUUGGAAGCUACGAAUUGAUAGGGAUACAACUGCCUGAAAAAUACAGUUGAAGUUCUGCUUGUAUUUGUCAAGUAGUUGUAUCCAUGGCCGGAUUUUGAGGGGAGGUGCACACCUCCCCAGAGAUCAUUUUGCACCUCCCCUGAAAAGUCAUGCACCUCCCCUUGGGGAAGUUUCAAUGAUAGAUCAAAGUGAAAAUUUGACAUUUUUUGGUUACUUAGGGUCUACACUUCGUAAGAAAGUUUUUCUGUAAAAUUGAAACAGUGAUACCUAUUCAUCUCUGUGACAAGUACCCUUUUAAUGCAAUGUUUUGAAAGAAAGUUUGUAAUAAUUGUAAUGACGGGCAAAAUUGGAUGAGUUGUACAGUCAUACUGCAAUUCAUUAAUACACUGAUACAUAAAUUAUGUACACUACAUGCAUACAUCACCCCUAACUUUCCAUGGAGGUCAUGAGCUAGACCGCUGCACCUCCCAUAAAUGUAUUUCCACCUCCCCCACUAUUUCCACCAAAAUCCGGCCUUGGUUGUAUCCCUAUCAAUCCGAAGCUUUCUUAUUAUCGUCACCACCUACGCACUGGCAUAGACAGUUUGAGAAAGUGCAUUUACAAUCUGGGGUAAAGACCGUGGCUUGCGACGUUGCCAAAUGUGUAGGUCUCUAAAAUUUAGAAAAUAUUUUUAAGAUGAUGAAAACUGCCAAGGGCUUCAAGAAGUGCCAGUAAACGAAAGUGAAAAGGUAAGUCUAAAGGUCCAUUUCCACUCAAGAAACAUUUCCACGUUCACAAAAUUUUCUUUCCGUGGAAAAUUUUUCUGAGUGGAAGAAGUUCGUAAAUACAAUUUGUUUUUACACUCUGUUUCUAUAAUUCGAAUUUUGACAAUUUCCGUUUUCCUAUCUUUUAGGAUAACGAACAAUUUCUGGACACAGGCAAGUAGAGUAAUAUGUUGAAUGCACGAUUAAAUUUAAUAUUUCGGGAUCUGGUCGGGUGGUGGGCCGAACGUUUUCUUGCCCGAUAAGUACAAUAUCUUAAAAGCAUCAGGUUUACACUUUUGCGACUAUUCUAUUUGACAUUUACCCUAUACAUAUACUCCAUAUUCCACUAGAGUGUACGUAAAAAUAUAAAAAAAAGCGUUUGUCCAAUAUGACAUUAAAGAAGUGGUAUUUUAUUGUCUUGCUUGAUCGUCCUGUUUUACCAAUCCUAUAGAGGCACCCUUAAGGAUAAAACCCUGGGUACGAGGUUGCCCUAGAGGAUGGUUAUAUUUCAUAUACAACAUUUUCGUCCAAUUAAAUGUUAUCAAAAAAUGGUUUGCCAACAAAUACUCUUCGGGAACCCCAGCCUUCACUUAUGACCCGUUCUUAUACAGGGACCUGCACCCCAAUAAUUUUUCUUGUCUAUUGCAGAUUUUGUACCGGACGAUCCUAUGUGGUUCGAAGACGAGCUCGAUGAAAAAGAGUUGUUUGAUGGUAACGACGAACCAUUCAG